CAGUUUUCUUACUCAUCCACGCAUUCGUAGUUCCUGUUGCUUUUGAGUGUAGAUAAGAAGACGCUGCAGCAUAAACAGCCGCGUCAAAAUUCGAAUAAGAGUUGGAGGAGUGAUUUCGCAGCAUGGUUCGUUGCCGUUGCCGUCGGCCUGCCGUACCCAACAGUGGCUCCGGCACUUGGUUGGGCAGAGCCAAAGCCUUAA